GCAGUUUCUCGCGACUGCGGCUGCGCGGCCAGCGCCCUGGGCGGUGCACCCGGGCAGGCCGGAAGUUUCACGUAGCCCGCUGGGCUCCUAAGGAAGGUCACGGGCGCGGCUCUUUUGCCGGGCCUGCUUCACCUUGAACUUUGCCGUGACCUGAGCCCACAGGAGCUGCAGCAUGGGGCCCCUGCCGCGCAGCCUGGAGCUCUUCUACGAUGUGCUGUCCCCCUACUCCUGGCUGGGCUUCGAGGUGCUGUGCCGGUAUCAGAAGCUCUGGAAUGUGCAGCUGCAGCUGCGGCCCAGCUUCCUUGGAGGGAUCCUGAAAGACAGCGGAAACCUGCCUCCAGCCGAGAUUCCCCGCAAAACACAGUACAUGAGAAGCGACCUUCAGCGCCUGCAGCAGCUGUUCCAGGUUCCCGUCCGAUUCCCAAAGGAUUUCUCUGGGCUUGUUGGAAAAGGAAGUCUGUCUGCCAUGCGAUUCCUCACUGCCGUGAACGCCGAACAGCCAGAGAUGCUGAAGAAAGUAUCCAGGGAAUUGUGGAUGCGCAUCUGGUCCCGGGAUGAAGAUAUCACGGAGCCCCAGAGCAUCCUGGCUGCUGCAGAGAGGGCUGGUAUGUCUGCAGAGGACGCCCGAGCACUGCUAGAGAAGACAGCCACACCGCAGGUGAAGAACCAGCUCAGGGAGACCACGGAGGCAGCCUGCAGAUACGGGGCCUUUGGGCUACCUAUCACCGUGGCUCACGUGGAUGGCCAGACCCACAUGUUAUUUGGCUCUGACCGCAUGGAGUUACUGGCGCACCUGCUGGGAGAGAAGUGGAUGGGCCCUGUGCCUCCAGCCCUGAAUGCCUGACUUUGAGACUGCCCUGGGGAAACUCCUGUUCAGAAGUGCAGAGCUUCUACUGAACCACUCCUCCACUAUGGUACUGGGAUCGGGUUUCUCUGUCGGUUGGAGGUAUCUCCUGUGGCCUUGGGGAUUCACAUCCCCACUUCCCUCAGGGGUGCCAGGAAGGGCAUCUACCAGGAAUACAGCCUGAUGGAGAAUGGUAUGGUUGUUCCUCAAAGAAUUUAAAACAGAACUACUGAAUUAUCCCCUCGGAUUCUAUGUCCAAAAGAAAUACGAAAUCCAAAAGUAUGUGAAAAAGAUACCUGCACUGUCAUGAUCAUCUCAGUGUCAGCCAAAUUGUGGAAACAGUUUAAGUGUCCACCUGUCCAUGAAUGAUAAAGUAAAUGUGGAAGGGCCGGCACCGCGGCUCACUAGGCUAAUCCUCCGCCUGCGGCCCAGGCACCCAGGGUUUUAGCCCCGGUUGGGGCGCCAGUUCUGUCCCAGUUACUCCUCUUCCAGUCCAGCUCUCUGCUGUGGCCCGGGAGCGCAGUGGAGGAUGGCCCAAGUGCUUGGGCCCUGCACCCACAUGGGAGACCAGGAGGAAGCACCUGGCUCCUGGCUUCAGAUCGGCACAGCGCACCAGCCACAGCACACGGGCCAUGGCGGCCAUUUGGGGGGGUGAACCAACGGAAAAGGAAGACCUUUCUCUCUCUCACUGUCUAACUCUGCCUGUCAAAAAUAAAGAAAGAAAAAGAAAGAAAGAAAAUGUGGUAUAUAUACUUGUGGCAUGAGUUUCAAAACUUUUCUGGGGGCCGGCAUUGUGGCACAGUGGAUAAAGCUGCCACAUGUGAUGCUGGUGUCCCAAUGUGGGCCCAGGACCGAGUCCUGGCUGCUCCGCUUCCAAUCUAGCUCUGCUGAUUAGCCUGGGAAGGCAGUGGAAGAUGGCCAAGCAUUUGGGCCCCUGCACCCACAUGGGAGACCUGGAAUGAAGCUCCUGGCUCCAGUCUCGCCCAGCCCUUGCCGUAUUGUGGCCAUUUGGGCAGUGAACCUGCGGACGGAAGACCUCUUCGUCUCUCCCUUUGUUUCUCUACAACUCUUCGUUUCAAGUAAUUAAAAUAAAUCUUAAAAAGCC